UAGCAGUUCAUUGGCUUCGUAUGGACCAUCUUGGCCUUGGCGGUGGAACAGCUGAUUCUUGACGUUUUGUCAAGUGAUUUUCUGGGAGAUAAACAAAGUUUGUGGUUUUUUGCUGGUGCAAUGGAGCAGAGUUUACAGAAGUGCAUUAGCGAAAUAAUUUCGACUCCAAACACGACUGGAUGUCUGUUCGCAAAUAGGCAGGGAUUGUGCUAUGGGGCCGCUGGAACAGCUUCGGAGAUUGCAUCAGGAAUAGCAGUGGCCAUUUCGGAGCAGGCCUGUAAAUUGGAGCCGAAUGCAAAUCCUCCCAUCAUUGCUUUGGAAGGAGGAAACAAAACUUGUUUGAUUCAGAGAAAUGGAGCUGUGACUGGCGUCAUAUUCAAGCAAAACGGAAAUCAAAGAUAAUUUAUAAGACGGGCUUCCAAAAUAUUAUUUUUUCUUGCAAUAUUCGUUUACGUGUUGAUUAUUACGUUGUAGUUUACGUCAAGGAACAAUUAAAUGUUGAAUUUAUCUCUAACGAUACGUAAAGUUAGAAGCUUGUAUGGAAAUUGAUUGUGUUUAUGUUUUUCUUUCCUCAAUUGGCGAAUGUUUAUUGGAGGAACCGUUGAAAAGUAAAGUUUUGGCAAAAAGGAGUUAUCUACCGUUUCUUUUGUACCAAAAAAUGAAUAUUCACAGAAAUACGAAUAAAUAAUUAUUGAACUAAA